CUUUGUUUCAGUUAGCUCUGCGAAGCGCUUUGUUUCUGCCGUCGCGUCGAGCGAAUAAUUUCGUAAUAAUACUCUUAACUGAUAAACAAAUAUUACAGCCAACUAAAAUUAGUGGAAUAGUUACUAGUUUAUUGGAAUAUUUAAUAAAAAACUGUUUAUAAUUUGAUUAAAAUUGUAAAUACUUCUGACAAAGAAAGAAAUGCGGAAGCAAAGUGAACCUUAGACGAGACAGCGAGAGAAAAGACACCCAGCCUGAGGAGAGAGAGUGCAGGCAGGCAACAACAAUUGUUGAUUAAAAUAUGUGUCAAAAUAGAACAACAAAUCGCUGAAGAAACCCGUGGACUAUAUUGAUAAUACGAAAUCAUGUGAAUAUGCACGUGUGAUUUGGGUUUUUCAUCGGUGCAUCCUUUUCAUUUUGGUUAUUUCUAUAAUAAAAUGCUCACCUAAGCUCAUUAGAUAGCAAAUAGAAAUUGUAACAGCCGACAGAAGCAAGUUCAACUGAAAAGCAGACAACAGAAUCGCCAACUGCAUGUGAAAUCUAAAUAAGACACACACUUGUCACCACCUCUUGACGUCAGCUGCGACAAUAAUACCUAGUGUAAAUAAAAGAAAAACGGUGAAAAUCGUAGUCCCGCAAAAUGCACGGCGUGAAGCGGGUUCUUAUCUUCUGCCUGAUGAUUGUGAUUUUGCCGGCCAUCCUGAUUAUAAUGCCACUUCAUUUACGCAAGACCGUCUUCGCGGAUGUCAUCUAUCCCAUGGCCGAGUCGGAUAUCAUAGAGAUCCGAGCCGGAAUCUCCUCCAUUUUCUGUUCGAAGCACACCCUCCGGAUGAGUUCCAAUUUCAAUGCCUUUCAGUUGCGCAACAAGCCGGAAAUCUCCACGAAUCGGAAGCACAUCCGGCUAAAGAAAUCGAUGAUCCUGCCGGACGAUACCUUGGAGUAUUGGGGCUUCUUUCUGCUGGCGGGAGCCAAGGUGCGGGUAAAGUUCUGCUCCCGUUUUGAUGGGUCUCGCGUCAUGAUCGUGAGGGGCCAGAGGGAGUUGAAACUUUGCGGCCUCACCGAUCACAAUAAGAACAAAAAGGAUGCCAAGUUCGUCAAAGGACACGAGGACCAGGUCCAAGUGUUUUUCGAGGACAAUGUGGAGAUCACCGAGGAAAAGAACAAUCAGGACGUUAUGAUGGAGCACGAGAAUCACGGUGGCGAGGACUUGAGUGAGGGGCCCCACUUAAAUUUGCUUCUUAAGCCUGCCUUAAACCAAUCCGAGGAAGAACCGGAGCCCAAGGGUUUUAGGAAGAAACUACAAAAGGGCGGUCUGCAUCAUCAGGAUCACAACUUUGCAUCCCACCACGCUGAGCACAUUCUUAAUGCACACCGUCAUGGAAAUGACUCAUCCCACCAUCAUGGAUCCAAGGCUCCUGAUCACAAGUCCAAUGAAAGCGUCGACCCAAGCGACGCAUCUCACAAACAACGACUUAAAAGACACAAUAAUGGUAUUAAGAAACACCAGAAGAGGCAGGAGCUCUACGAGAAACUUUAUAAAAGAUCGAAGCGGGAAAAUGUUUACGACAGAAAGUACAUACACGGAGGAAAUGCCGUCAAUUUCACCCAAACCGAUGAGUCCAAUUCGGUUUCUAGCUUCGAGACAGGUCUGAACGAUUGCUUCGAGGGCAACAUCCUGUUGCAGGAGUUCUUCAAGCCAAGCAACGAGUGCACGAAUCCCCACAAAAUGGACUUCUCGGCAAACACAAGUGCGGUGGUCCUGCACAGUGUGAUCGAAGAUGGCUACUACUACUACCUCUUUUACAGCGACAAUGACUACGUCCGGAACGAGCUCCACGCCGUAUUCGAUAUAUACAAGCCAACCUAUCAAUACUCCAAUCUUACCGAGUCGCAGAGCUGCCUCAACACCACCAACUGCACCUUCAGCAUCAGUUUCCUGUCGGACGAGAUCGUGGUGGUGGAGGUGCCCACGCGGGAUGGAAUCGAGCACGAGGAGGAUGACAUCACCAACCUGAUAUCCACCUGCCAUCCUCGAAGUGAGAUCUAUGCCCUCUUCCCCAUAACUGUGCUGGUGCUGAUCCUGUGCUGCUCCUUCCUGUAAACCCUCUCAAAUCACCCUUUUCCGUUUCCGGUGCAGUGUCGGCGAAGUGGCGGAGUCUUGUGAUAUUUAUAGUGAGGCAUCUGGGUGAUAUACUCGCCACUGUGAGUGCUUAUUGUGGCAAAGUGAUGGUUGGCCCCAAAACGAGAGCUUAUCAAGUAGCCAUAGUAUCCAAUAUCGAUUAUACACACGCAAUGAACAGUCUGAAAAUAAUUGUUACUUAACAAACCACUGAAUAUUAUUUGAAACAAUCGCAGUGGUAAUUGUGAAGUUUUAAAACGAACAUUUAGCCUAAGAAGCAAGCAUUUGAAAAAUUAUUAGCUCUUAGUUCUAGUGGUAUAAGAAUCGUAUGAAUUGUAUAUAAUAUACAAGCCAAAUCUUAACUAAGUAGUCUUAAGGUAUAGUACUUAUUUUUUAAAUUCCUAAAUCAU